AUGGGCGAAGUGAUUCGUGUGCUGCUGCUCAAUCCGCUCACAAGUGUCACAUCGCUCGUUAUUACAAACUCAGAUGAUGAUCCUGCACCGAGUAUUUUAGCUAAAUGCAAAGUGCUUCUUCAUCCGACCAAGUCUAAGAGCGAGAAAGGCGUCGUGAUUCGAAAGAAUGCGCUGGAUCGGUCAAUUCGAGAUGGGGAUCUACUUUCUCUCGAGGGGUUUCAACUUGAUGAAGCCACUGGUCCCCCGCCUGAGCUCUUGGACAUUAUGGACACGCUGGAUUUUGACGUUUCUAUGGACUUUGGUGCUGGUUUGACCCCUUCCGAAAAUUUUAAUUCAAUAGCAAGUGUUGCUGCCAAAACGGUGUCAGAGCCUACGAUCACGCACAUGGCCAAUAAUGUAGGGCAGAUACCUCCUCCUGUCGGAAUAUCGUUCGGAAAUUCACGCAAGCCAAAACGUGGUCGUAGUUUGUCGUCCAAAUUCUGGCUAGUCAAUAAGCUUGCGGCCAGUGGUCAGAUUAGUAAGGAGCAGAAAGACUCGCUGAAGAUGCUGCUCAUUGCAUCAGAUGACUCGGCGCUACACCAGGCGUUUGAACGCUACGAGGAGACAGGAGAUCUUGACACACUGCUGAAUCUUCAUAUAAAUGCAAAAAAAUCAUUUGCAGGCUUGCCGCCGCUUUCGACAGAAGGUUUUGACUUUCAGCUCACGCAAAACAUUGAGAACGAAUUGGAUCUAUUAUCCAUGCGAAGCUUUAGCCUGGGCGGAAGUACAGGAAAUUUAGUUUCUUUAAUAGACCAGUCGCUCGCUCCUGAUGUGGCACCGCCAAGUAAUGGAAGCAACAGCGCAAAUAAUGAACCGAUUCCGUUUAUAAGCACAAAUACUGAACUGGAAGAUCCGGUAGAUGCGCUGAUAGAAUCCACACUAAACUCGCUGCCUAUGCCUAUUGGUCACGACGAUGACCAAAGUUUGCCGUCAGCAUUGCCUGGUGACUUGCAUGGCAUGGAGGAGUGGCUCAAGGAUUAA